AUUAUUAUUAAAUAUCAUUUGUAAUUAGUUAAAACCGGAAGCGACCGUAUCUCAUUUCAAUCUCAAUUUGUAAUGUAUCAGGUACUAGUAAGGGACGCACAUAAAAUCAAUCUGUUCAUGAACCUUUUAAUCAAACCAUUUUAACUUGCCCCCUAUAACUAGGGAAAAGUGGACUUCACAUUUAAUAUGUGCAGGGCACCUCUACCUACCCUUUUAGGGCCUUAUGCUACGUGGUCUUUUUCAUUCAAAUGAUGCACGAGAACUCGGUUAAAUAUAUGCAUAGCAGCAGUCGCUAUUUAUACACAUAUUUCCACUAAUUGUAUUUAGAGGGCAUUCAGCAUUACCAAUCUUUACUCAAUCAACGAGGCCGAGCAAACGAGGUCGCAAGGAGACUUGUUUCAAAUAUUUAGGUUCAUAUCAACCUACUAAAUAAAUGCGUCGCCAAAGUACCUAAUACAUAUUAGGUAAUCUAUUACAUUAGACAUCUACUCGCUGUUAUAUUAAGGAUCAAUGAACUCUGUAAGUAGGUACCUACUUUUAAUAUGCGAUACAAACUAUUACCAGAUUUUAAGUACUAGGUAGCAAAUAUUUUUUAUAUAACAUACGGGCCAAAAUGUCAAACUCACCAAAUACUUAUUUCAAGAAUAAAAAUAUGUGCUAAUUAAAUAGUCUGAAUAACGGAAAAUUUAAUAAAUUUUCAGUUCCUGUAAGAAUUGAACGCCUGGCAGCUAAUAAUGCGGGAUGUUUCAAUUAUAAUUUCUAACAUUUGAAAUUAAAUACUUAUCAACAAUAAUGCAUCAAAAUUGUAUCUACUAAUUCUAUUGAACAGUACAGUAUUUACCUCUAUAAGUUGUUUCUGAGGAAAUAAGUAAUAUCUGACAAGACUGAGCUCUCUCUCCAUACGGAUGCAUUAUGCAACCGCAUUCUAUCCCGCAUCAUAAAAUUAAAUUAUAUAAAACACAAUGGAGCCAUGCUUUAUGAUAUUACUUGAACGUAGCGACUUCUUUAUACAGCUUGCUUUACGUGUUCUGGACUAGUGCCAAGCUUUCUCAAUAAGCUUUCUCUAAAUUGCUCCCUCACAUCUUGUGGUUUACGUCUACUGUAGUGACAUUUUUUAUGAAUCAUCAUUUUAUUUACCUUGACUGUGUGACUUUAACUUAGCAUUUUUUAUCGUAAUCAACUUUCAUUUUGUUAAUAUUAUAUUUUGGAGGUAUUAUACUAUAGCGCCUACUGGUUUCGAUACCUAUAAUACAUUUGCGAAAACCGUCAAAUACAUCAUCACUUUCGCCGAACACUAUCGCGAAUUCAUGCAUUUAAAAAUGAUGCAAACGUGCGGCAGUGUCACGAGUCACGACUGUCACCAGCCAUCAUCGAUGCAAUAGCUCCUUUCUUGUUUCGUCAAAAAAGUCAGUGCUGUACUAACGUUGCUGAAUACUAACUUCUAUUACUUUAAAUGAGAACCAGUAAUUUGCAUUUGCGUACACAAUGUCAAUUUACAUUAGUAAGAUGUAAUGACGUUAAUUGUUGUCAAUGAGUAAGUAGCUACAUAUCUACAUGUCUAUUUCUUUACGUCUGUUAUAAAUUACUAUUGAAAAUUCUAGAUUUGUAUUAUUUAAUUUAUCUAUUAGGUACAGAAUCGCACGUUAUCUAUUCUGAAUUGUAUUAUGAAAUAAACAAGCCGAUAAAAUCUUAAACAUUGUUGCCGUACGAACAAUUGCACAUUUUACUUUCUGGAGAGCGUUCACACGCGCGGUCCCGACUGGCAUCCAGAAUCCCUUUGUAAAAACUUUCGUUUGGUUCAUCGAACUUACUUUCACCUAUUGUAAGCACAUGCUCUCAUCGGAAUGCACUUCAAUUAUACUUGUUAGCACGUCCCACGUAUUAAAUAUAAUACCUAUUGUAAGUUAUGUAUUAGAUAUUAGUGCUUCUCGCUGGAAAUGGAAAUUAGCUUUCAUUUCAAGACCGUCCAAUCAUUUUACACGUCUAUAAAAUCUACGAUCACACAUAUAUGUGGGAAUUAUUAUAAUGGGUUUUAUGUAAAGAGCGACAGAUCCAGACAUUUAACGAUGAAGUAAAACAAAUGGUCAAAACUGCUUUCAUUGGUAAAAUUCUCUUAAUUCUUGGCACGCAUCUCUUCGUUGAGAUGAUGACUUUACUUUCAUUCUUAAAUUCAUUAACGUGCAACGGGAGUUUAGAUAUAACGUAAUAAAGACCAUAUUAAAUGUAAAUUAAGUGGAGUUGAGCGUCUGCUGGUCGAGGUUGAGGGCGCGACGUGGUUAUUGCUCAGAUUUUUCUCAUUUGCCAUUCAGUGUCCGUGUCGCGCUGCCCAAGCUAUCUAUAGUGAAGUAUAAAUAGUGUUAGUAGCCGGCCUGGACGCCGGAAAACGUGUACGCAUAUCUAAACAAUCUGAUUAAUCCUAAUAUCUUGGUGUGUCUUAUGAAAUAAGCUUGUACAAAGGAGAUAAAACGGUUUAUAAUUUCUAUUUUGGCUUGCAGGUUUCAAAUAAUGCCUUUAUAUAAAAGUUAUGACAAACAAAUUCUUAAUAGGCCAUAAUGACAUUAACGGGGAGUUUUGAUGACUCCAUAACAACUGAUAACUUUGAAAGAUCGAUCAAUUUGGACUCGCUAUAUUGUUCUCAUCUUUGGAAGAAUAGCAAUUUACGUAGUGCAAUUAUUACUGCACCGCCUAAGGAUAGGAAUGUAAUAACAUACUGUUACACUUGUAAAGGCAAAAUAAGAAAAUAUGAAUUGAAAUCACCAAGAAACUUCACGCCUCAUAAUCAUUCCACUCCUAAUAAAGACAUAGCAAUAGAAAAAGAUGAAGCAUUCGUAAAUAACCGACAAGAUGAAACAAACUUAGGCCAACCAGUUUGUUCGUAUAACAAUAACAUUUCAAGAGACAUAGAAUCAGACCACACAAAUGUGGAAAAUAAACUACGCAUUCCUUCCAUUUCUCAACAUAUUGAUUCCAGCUUUAGACAAAAAUUUACUUCCUAUGAAAUGGCUUCUAAUGACGUGAGUCGACAGAGACUGAGAAAAAACCUACGAGGUUUUGGAUGUAUAGUUAAUUUUGCUUCGGCAGAUAGUCCUGUGAAAAAGAGAACUCAAAUACAAGCCUGCUCAAUAAGUGUGAUGAUUGUAGCUAUUGUAAUUAUAAGUUUUAUUUUGGUCAAUUUUACUAAUCCUAAUUUAAAAGGUAUGACCAACAAGAUUAGUACAACCGUAGUGCCAACAAAAAAUAGAGAUAUCAAUGUAACAGCUUCGACUAAUCCUAAUGUUCAUAUGGAGCUGCCAUCAGAGUCAGAUAAUUCAAGCACUGAAGAGUAUUUUACUACUACUCAGCCAGCCAAUAGUUUUAGUACGGAGAAUUCUUCACUAAUUAGCGUAAUAUCAAAAAUUCGUAAAAAUAUUAGAACAUAUCCAAAAUUUACAAGUAAAAUCAACGAAAGUGAAAGACCUAAAGACGUCAAUAAUCGAGACAUAUCCCAAAGAUUUUGCUCGUGCCAAAAAAAUGAAAUCUGCAUGUUGGAUGAAAACAGUGGCACUUCCGUCUGCAGAAAACCAAUAGAUAACGACGACCCGACAGGUUGCGGAGGGUUGUGCGCCCUAGAAACGGAAGCUUGUCAGCUAGUAGAUAAAGUACGAGGAGUGCGCGUGUGCCGCUUGUUGACGUUAGUGACGUGUUCACCAGAUGAAUGGCGAUGUCGCAAUGGUCUCUGCGUACCAGCGGAAGCUCGGUGUGAUGGUUCUAUUCAAUGUUAUGACCGAUCUGAUGAAACUUACUGUGAAUGUGAUCUGACGAAACAGUUCCGCUGCGGUCACUCCAUAUCUUGUUUCUCACAUACAAAAUUAUGCGACGGAGUUAUUGAUUGCUGGGAUGGAUAUGAUGAAGUGAACUGCACAACUGAAUGUCCUGCUGACCAGUUUACUUGUACUGAUGGUCAAUGCAUUUCGAGCUCAAGAUUUUGUGAUGGACUAGCUGAUUGUGCUGACGGUAGUGAUGAGCCUGAUGGAUGUGGCGGCAACUGUGGUGCUCAUGAAAUUCGUUGUAAGAAUCAUCGCUGCGUACCACGUACUGUACAAUGCGAUGGUACGGACAAUUGUGGAGACCUCACUGAUGAGAUGCAUUGUCCGAAAUAAUAAAAUACAAAUUGAAUUACGUAGUAGUUAUGUAACGUAGAUAAUUCAAGUACAGACUAUUAAUUUGCCACGUAAAUGAGGAUUUUUAAAUAAAUGGAUUUUCGUAAAAGUCUG